GGCGGAGGCGGGAGCGAAGGGAGGACAGGGGGAGGUGGUUGCUGCUGCUGGGCAGAGAGGAGUCGUGCAGGAGCUGCGGCUGCACUCGGACGCCACAUUCCCUCCUUACGGGGCUGGCGGUGAGGAUGAGCGAGAGCUGACCCUGCCGCCGCCGCCUGUGCUGUGAAGUGUCUGCUCCUCCUCCUCCUCCCCGGCUGUGGGUGAACCUGCGCUACGGGCUCUUCACCGAAACGGGGGGGGAGGUUGGUUUGUUUGUGUAUUUAAGGCAAAGAGAGAGAAAGAGAGAGAUUUUCCACCCGCUGAAGCACAGUCCACUAUGAUCGUACUCGCAUCCAGCAUUGGAAGCCGGUUGGAUUUCGUGUCUCAGUCCAGGGUGUUUUUCUUGCAAACCUUCAUUUGGAUUUUAUGUGCUACAGUGUGCAAAGCGGAGCAAUAUUUCAAUGUGGAGGUAUGGUUACAAAAGUAUGGCUACCUUCCACCAACUGACCCCCGAAUGUCGGUGUUGCGCUCUGCAGAAACCAUGCAAUCAGCUAUAGCUGCCAUGCAGCAGUUCUAUGGCAUUAAUAUGACAGGAAAAGUGGACAGGAACACAAUUGACUGGAUGAAGAAGCCUCGAUGUGGUGUGCCUGACCAAACAAGAGGUAACUCCAAAUUUAACAUUCGUCGGAAACGCUACGCUUUAACAGGACAGAAAUGGCAACACAAGCAUAUCACUUACAGCAUAAAGAACGUCACUCCAAAAGUCGGUGAUGCUGAAACUCGUAAAGCCAUUCGCCGUGCCUUCGAUGUGUGGCAGAAUGUAACUCCCUUAACAUUUGAAGAAGUUCCUUAUAUUGAAUUAGAAAAUGGCAAGAGAGACGUGGAUAUUACUAUCAUUUUUGCAUCAGGUUUUCAUGGAGACAGUUCUCCCUUUGAUGGGGAGGGAGGAUUUUUGGCUCAUGCAUAUUUCCCUGGGCCAGGAAUUGGGGGAGACACUCAUUUUGACUCAGAUGAGCCAUGGACUCUGGGAAAUCCCAAUCAUGAUGGAAAUGAUCUCUUUCUAGUUGCAGUGCAUGAACUGGGACAUGCUUUGGGCUUGGAGCACUCUAAUGAUCCCACUGCAAUCAUGGCUCCAUUUUACCAGUAUAUGGAAACUGACAACUUCAAACUACCUAAUGAUGAUUUACAGGGCAUCCAGAAGAUAUAUGGUCCACCUGACAGGAUUCCACCCCCAACAAGACCUCUGCCAACCGUGCCCCCACAUCGUUCAGUCCCUCCAGCAGACCCACGAAAGAAUGACAGGCAACCUAAACCUCCCCGGCCACCCACUGGUGACAAACCUUCCUAUCCUGGAGCCAAACCUAACAUCUGUGAUGGGAACUUCAACACUCUAGCUAUUCUUCGUCGGGAAAUGUUUGUUUUCAAGGAUCAGUGGUUUUGGCGGGUCAGAAACAACAGGGUAAUGGAUGGAUACCCCAUGCAGAUUACCUACUUCUGGAGGGGACUGCCUCCCAGCAUUGAUGCAGUUUAUGAAAACAGUGAGGGGAAUUUUGUCUUCUUUAAAGGUAACAAGUUCUGGAUUUUCAAGGACACUACUCUCCAGCCAGGUUAUCCUCAUGAUUUGAUAACACUUGGAAGCGGAAUUCCUUCCCAUGGCAUUGAUUCAGCAAUUUGGUGGGAAGAUGUUGGAAAAACCUACUUCUUCAAAGGAGAUAGGUACUGGAGGUACAGUGAAGAAAUGAGAUCCAUGGACCCUGGUUAUCCCAAGCCAAUCACAAUUUGGAAAGGUAUCCCAGAAUCUCCUCAGGGAGCCUUUGUCCACAAAGAAAAUGGCUUCACAUAUUUCUACAAAGGAAAAGAGUACUGGAAAUUCAAUAACCAGAUGCUCAGGGUGGAACCUGGCUAUCCCAGAUCUAUCCUCAAGGAUUUUAUGGGUUGUGAUGGACCAACAGAUCGAGAUAAAGACCGACACAGCCCUCAAGAUGACGUUGACAUUGUCAUCAAACUGGACAACACAGCCAGCACUGUGAAAGCCAUAGCCAUCGUCAUUCCCUGCAUCCUGGCCUUGUGCCUCCUUGUCUUGGUUUACACUGUGUUCCAGUUCAAAAGGAAAGGAACACCCCGCCACAUACUGUACUGCAAACGCUCUAUGCAAGAGUGGGUGUGAUGUAGGGUUUUGGUUUUUUUCUUUCCCUCCCAGGAGUUUGUGGUAACUUGAGAUUCAACACAAGAGCUGUUAUGCAGUUUCCUAGCUAGGAGCGGGCAUCUGUCAGUCUGAAACAAAGCUGAUCUUUAAAACCCAGGGGGUUGCCUGUCCUGCGCAUGAGUGGCGAUUUGCUCAGCUGGGAAGCUUCCAUGAUACACAGUAUCUGCUGUUUCUUCAGUCCUUUGUCUUUCUUUGUCAUUCGAUUCUAGACCUUUCCUCUGCACACUCAAUGCCCUAUAAACUAUCAGGAUUAACUAAAGAAGAGGAAAAAAAAAUAUCUCCAAUGUUUCUACAUUUUCCCCUUAAGGCCUGUUCCCCUUUGAAAAAUUUUUUGCUGAAAGUAAAUUUUUUUAGAGAAACACAACAACCAACAAAGGAACUUUCAGGAAAGUGAGAAGACCCAAAACAGCUUUGUCUCCAAAGAGGAUUGCUUUCUGUCUGCUACAGAUAAAGUCCUAUACUCCUACUUCCAGUUUUGUCAUGUGGGAGACUCGGAUGACGCGCAGGACUUCAGACUGCUUGGACAGCCAUUUUCCAACAAACAAGGGGCCAAAAUAUCUGCAAUAUAGUAACAGCCUUAAUAAUACAUUCAUUUUGUGUUUUUUACAGCUGCUCUGGGCUAUGUCCUCAAUGUUUUAAACUCAUUUAUAUCCAGUACUAUAUUCAAGCAGAAUCGUUUUAUUGGUUUGUUUGAUUUUUCGUUGGUUUUCCUACAUAACCUUUCCCAAACUGUACCAAGCUGACUGCCCAGGCCUUUCAUAGGCCUAUCAGGAGCACUCAUUCCAAAGCAUGGUAAAAAGCAGUGUGUCUCUGAAGUGGAUUUCAAUGAACUAAAGCAACAAACAUGCUAUUGAUAAACUUGAGACUGGUAUUAUAUUGGUGGUGUAACCCUUUGAGAACUACUGCAUCCGUUUUCAGAGUCUGGUGGAUGUUAAUCUUGGUUGUCAUUAAAUUAUAGGAUUGUGUUUGGUUUAAAGGUUUAAAUACUGGUUUAAAAAGAAAAUCAAUUUUUCAAAACAGAUUUCCUGUGACUGCAAGUGUUUUUAAUUAUUUGCAUUAUUGAUAGAAAAGCCUUUGUAACAUAAAUAGAAAACAAAAUAUAUUUACCAGCUACUUUCUUUUUAAAGGAACCAAACCUAUUUUAAUAAUUUCUACCACUUACCAAGAAUUUUUCUGAACUGGCAACAAUUUUAUAGCUUAGCUUCUUAUCUAAAGCAUCUUGGAUUUCUCUUUUGAAACUAUGUUGCAUGAUAAUUCAAUUUACCUCUGCAGAGGUAGAGUUACAGUUUCAAAGGAAAGCUAAGACCAUGACUCUGAUAUUGCAUGAGUAUCCUCUGGUGUGUUACCCCUUUGCAUGUUCAUCAUAGUUCUCAAAGGGUUAAUCAAAUUUCUGGCCUUCACUCGAACAUGGUAUCACUGACAGAGCCAAGGGACCACCAAAACAUUUUGUCAUUCUGUGUAAUUUGUGCUAACAGCAGUAUUGUCAUUUUCAUGUGACCUGCAGAGCAGGUUUGUAUCAAUAUUUUUUUCCUAGAGAAAAGUCAGCAAAUGACAGACCUCUUUAUUGAUUUAGGAGCUGCUUCUCGCAGUGAUAGGCUUUACAGUCACUGAGCUGUGAACUUAUUAAAGAUGGUCAGAAUGAUGCACCCCAAAAGUCAGACACCUGGUUUUUUAUGAAAGCCAGGAUUUGAGGGGAGUAACUUUUGCAACAAUGAACAGCUUGCCUUGAACUUGAUUAUUGACCUGUUGACUGUCAUUACCAAGUUAAACAUUGUCUUCUGUGAACAGCUUCACUGUCUGAAUUUUCUUAAAGUGUACUGUCCUGUGUCUUUGACCUUUAACUUGCAAACUGGCACAAACUGAAGGGAAUCUGGUGUUGCAAAUGAACUGAGUUUUAUUUCUUGAAAGGCCUGAUAGAUAUGAUCUGAAAUUUGAGAAAAAAACAUUGAAGUGUUUUAGUAGGAAAGAACUGUCAUAGACUAAAAUAUUUAUGAUUGAUCUGUAGAAAGGUAUUUUGCUAUGUAUACAUGCACACUCUAAAAAUGAACUACAGCGGAAGUUAAUUUUUAUUUAACUUGAAUACAGUUUUCAGUAUAAAAUUAUUAUUUCUAAAAUAGCUAGUUAUUAAUGAAAAGGUUAUAGGAAAGUAUUAAAAUACUUGAAAUGACCAGUAGGGGCUUUUACAUAAAAUGAGACUUUUAUACUAUGUUCAAUCAAUUUCUUACUGGUUUCUUAAUCUACAUAACUGGAUCACUUUUUAGAGAGUGUAGGUAUAUAUACAUAUGUAUUACAAUUAUUAUUGUUUUGGUAAUGGAUAGCUUGACUGCCUUGAAUUUAUAUUUAUAUUGAGCAUAGCAUGAAAAAUAGUAUGCCUUUUUUUCAAUUACAUGAUUUUAUAUUGAUUUGAGGACUUUCAAACGUAUGUGGCAUGCUAUAAAGCAUUGCAAACUUAUUUCUUAGAGCAUAAACAGAUAUACAUAUGUAUGGUUAACAAAAAUGAAGAAUAGAAAAAGAUAUAGUUUUACAACAAAUAUGCAAUGCAGAUGGCAUUUUGGAGAUGUUUUGUAGAAGUACUGCAUACUGUAGGUUAGAAGCGCACCAGUAUCAGCCCAUAGCAUUAUUUAGUAAAUUCAAUUCAGUUGUUGCUGAAAAUAUAGAUUUAUUGACAGUUUAGUAACACAGGAUUUUUACUGCAGAUCAGCUCAUUUGGUGAAUUUAAAAUUUGAUGCCUGUUUGUCAUAUAUGUUAAUAUGUGUGUGUGUUUGUAUACUUAUAAAAGCAUACAAAUGCACACAUACACAAUUUAAUCCAUGGAGAAUUUUUUAUUGUCAACAAACUACAACUUAUGUUCUGCUACAGACAGAACAAAAAGAUUGAUGUUGCUGUUCCAGUUUUUUUCCCUUGGAUAGUUGGAGGAAAAUGCUAACAGCACUACUUAUUCUGCAUUUGUUUUUCCUCUACAACAGAACUUAAUAUUAUUUUUGUCAGAACUGCAUCUCAUCUGAGGCUUUUUUAUUCACUUGAAAAUUUCACUUCAAUUUUGAAAUAUCUUUCAUGGCAGCUUUAACUUUUUGUGCAACUGUUUCCCUGACAGUAAUGAAGUGGUGAGCAUGUUGACUGUUGUUCUUUGAUAAGGUAACAAAAAUAUUUGUAUUUGGAUAAUUUAAUUAUGCAGGAAGGUAAGUGUGAUAAUUCUAGUGCUUGGUAUAUGGUACAUCAUAGAUACAUGAAUACAUAAUAAGUUGACUGUUUAAUCUAUUUUCUUUUACUUAAAAGUGCAUAUAUACUAUAUACAGAGAGAGGGAGAAAAAUAAUAUUAUAUUGGCAUGUUUAUGUCAUGCAGAGCAAGAUUGUGUCAACAUUUCUGUUACAUACUCAUAUUUUCAGUAGGUUGUAAUGCAGUCAUAAAGGUUUGCUUUAAGUAAAAGAUGUAGGAGCUAUUGUGUUCACUGUAAUUUCCAAAUACCUACUGGCUAGUUUCAAAUUAUAGAAGUCCUGAGUAAAUGAGUGAUGUUGCCUGAUCUAAUUUUGAACUCAAAUGAGUAAAAGUUCUAAGACAAUUUUUUUUUAAUAGUUUUUUCUCUACCAGGGCCUAUAACUAUCAGAAUUAAGAAAAAGCAAAUUUAAAAUAUUUUCAGCUCUGCAAUCUGGGUUCCUGCUCAUGUGCUGAAACUUUUUUAAUAAACAUUUCCAUAUUGCUAUUGUCAUGAUCUGUACUGGGGAACAAUAGAAAACUGAAUAUGUGUUGUGUUAAUCAGCUACAGUCUAUCAAGCUGACAAAAGGUUGUGUAUCUUCAUAGUACUAUGGUCUGUAUGAUGCAGGAGGCCAGAGUAGAUGAUGGCAGUGUUUCCUUUGGCCUUUCAAUGUAUAAACCUAUGAAAAGGUUAUUGACUGUAGACAAAAAUUAAUUUUUAUCAAAAAAUACAUUUUAAAAAAUAUGUAACUGUAUAUUUACUGGAUAGGCUGGGAUGGAGAGACUCAAAUGGCUCCAAAGGAGCCCUUUCAAGUCUCCUGAAUAAAUGUAAUACACAUUUUAUAUAUUCCUAUGAACUUUUGAUCUUUUUCUGCUUUCAGAGUGGGGCAAAGGGAGGAAAUAAUUAAAGAAAAAGAUUUUUAAAGGCUAAUUUUAUGAAUGACCAUAACAGAAGCUAACAGAUUUAAACAUAAGGGGCAGACUUACUCUUUUUCUUAGAAGUAUACUUCACCUCCCAAUUGCUUGAUCAAGACUCCUGUGCCGUUAGCACUGUGGGUUAAAAACAAAGUGUAAGGCUUAAUUUUUGAUUUUUCAACUUUUCGGGGGGUCUUACUUCAAAAUCUAAAUGUCAGCUAAAUGUAGCUUUUGGUACCAAAUUAUAUAGAAUCUAAUUCUAGUUUGUCGGUUAGAAAAAAGUGCAUAGACUAGAAAGUCAGCCUGCCUAUUAGCAACAGCAGCAUUACAUUCCUAUUCUCAUUUUUUAAUUUUCUUUUGCAUUUUAACCUUCAUUAGGACAAACCUUAAAAAAGCAAAAUGAACAGUGAAUAUUCCAGGCACUGGAUUUUUAAGAAAGUAGAAAUGCAAGCUACCGUACCAUUAGCAGCCUAAACUGGAGAGAGCACAAGAUGACUGGGUGGAGGAGCAAGGAUAUAUGACUGCAGAGGCUUGCUCUGUCCUGGCUUCCAUAUCUUCUCACAACAUGGACUAAGUUGUAUCACCUAAUUAGCAGAGAUGAGGGAAACCCUGCACCAUGGCAGUAGGAGACAUGAAGCAGCCAUUACAGAGCAAUACCUCCCUAUUGCCUUUUGUUGUUGUCAAGACUGUCUCUGGACACGUCUGUUUCCAGAAGUGUAAAUAGAUGGCUGCAGCUCUAUGAGCCAUAAGGGAAAUCAUUAUUAUCUAUGGAAGAAACAACUGUCACUGGCCACUUACGUGUUCAGCUAUGCUGUAAAUCAAAUAAUAUUGUGUGGGAGCUGAGGAACAGAUAACCUGUUAUUGAAUACAACAGUAUAGCUGUGACUGAUACACCAGCACUGUAAUGUCAGGCAUACUUCCUUAGUUCACACUACACAGAGUGCAGACAAACAGAUUGGUUCUUGUAAGACCAUUUCAACAUAUGUCAGUUACAAAAUCAGGUGUAAAUGAACCGUGUGCUCAUAAAAUUAAUGUCUGAUAUAUGCAUGGAAUUCAAUGAGUUGUCUGCCAUUAGUCUCAUGAAAAAUAUGUAAUGUGUGAGUCAAAUCUUCCUAACUCAUUCUUGUGAUGUGCCAUCUGUGAUGUCAGAGGCUGAUAGAGAAAAACAUCAUCCUCAGUGCCAUCAUGUCAUGCUGAAAAUGUCUGGUAAGCGUCAAAGGCCUACCAUCACUUGUUGUAACGGGCUCCAUUUGAUGCUUUAUCUAAGGUAGUUUCUAAUGUUAGGUAGCAUACAUUUUGUAUGAUAUGGCAUUAUUUGGUGUUCGAAUAUAUGUAACUAGGAAUGCCCAAUAAUAAUCAGAAAAUCAUAUUUUGAAGGAUCAUCGGUAUGUGAUCAUAGGAAACAUCUGUUCCUAAAAUCAAAAUAUAUUUCAAAGAAGCAUAUAUACAGCAUUAAACACAUGCAUCAUAAACAGGUCUUGUUUCACAGUAUACAUAAACUUGAACAUAUCAUCUACAAAUUAUAGUCAAUUUAUUAAUGUUUGCAGUUGUACCUGCCCAUUAUGUCUUUGAAAGAGGACAUUCUGUGAGUAGCAUACAUAAAGUAUGUUUGCUUUGUGGAGAUAGCCUGAAGUAUUGUGGUCUGCCAAUAGUGUAGAUGAAAUAAAUUUUAGAGGCAGAGAAGACAUAAAUGAAGAAAUGCUGAUGUAAACUAGCAUGCUAAAGACAAUUUUCUGUACUGGGAUGUGCAAGCAGCAUAGUGCUGCUUGCCGUCACGGUAAAACUACAUAAACAAUAAUCAUUGCACAUGCUGCAUUUAUGGUGGCACAAAGCUCUCCAGUCACAUAGCUUAGUUUCUUCUCCUUCUGUAGAAUGACAUUGUCCACAGAUUAUAAUUAUAGCCACCACAUAAACCUAAGAUUUCUCUUUAGUUAAUAGUAACUUCUACCCUAUGAAAUUGUAUCACGUGCUUUUUAUAACUACAACUUUAAUCUCCUUGGAGAGCUCUCAGCAUAUCUUAAUUCAUAGCCUUUCACGCCCCUUAUUUUUCUUGCUCUUGCAGUAAUAUAUAUACUGAAUAUUCUUUCCAUCUUGCUGCCUGGCACUAACAUGUGGAAUAAUCACAUUCAUUCUGUGCCAUGCACGUGUUCCUGGAUAACCCAUUUGCCCAUCCCUCAUUCUGGGAACUAGCUUUCUGGGAACAGGGAUUAGUAACAGAAGGCUGAGAUAAAAUAACUUCCUAAAGUACCUGGUUAGUCCUCAACAAUAUGACAAUGAAGUUUGAAGAGUUUUUACUGAAGUAUUGUAUUACUUUCACACUGGCAACAGAACAGUGUAACUGCCAAUCAGUGCAUGCCCAUAUGGAUUCACCACUUGCAGAGCAGUGUGUUAAGUCAGAAAAGUGUGUCUAAUCCACAUUUUCAUCCUAAUGUGUUGUCAUGCAACACCCAGUCCACACACACAUUCAUAGCUUUCAUGACUGUGCAUAAAGUCAUCUACCUUGUAGAAGCCAAAAGUGCUCAGUGUCAGCAGGCAAUCAGCGCUAACUUGUUUAUUAUGUAUAAGACAAAUUUGGGUCCCUUACUAGUAUUUUGCAACCUUAAAGAAGAGAAAUUACACAGUGUAAAGUGACAGUUUCUAAUACUCUUUGUCAGUGUUCAAAAUUAGAUUAUAGUAUAUACAGCUCAAAGAGUAGUGGUUUAUGACUGAUAUAUUGCAGCCCUAUUUUUAGGCAUACAAUGAUUCUAAAGAGAGAUGUACAUACUGUGUAUGCUAUACUUGGCUAUUGCCACAAAAUUGUCAGUGCUUACAUACCAAUCAUCUUCAUAUUUUAUGGGAGCACCGUUGAAGACAACCCUGGGCAGUUUGUCUGCUUGGAUAUACAUAGAAUUAUAUAACUUAGGAAAUGGUACAUGUGUUGACGUGUAUCCAGAAGACACCAUCAGCAACCUACAGUGCUGUUUUAAAUGCGGUUCAUACCUGCAAGGCAUAACUGCAACUUGUAUGGUUGUGUUUUACAUCAUAAGAUAAAGUGCUAUAAACUCUGGCCAUGCAUGCCCAGGUAGAUGAAAAGUAUUAAAAAACCCAUUCAGGAUAGCCACUGUCAAUACUCACACAGCUUACAGAAGUAAAUGAGAUUGUUAUACCCGAGAAAAUUUAACAUCAAAUAGAAAUCCAGAAUUGAAGGAAUGUGUGAUGAUGCAAAUAAUUCCCAUCUCUUACUCUAUGUAAUGCGUUAGGUAAAGCAUUGUCAACUAGGUAUAUACCUAACAUCUGUCUUUACUAUGUUUCCAAAACCAUGCGGACAUCUAUCAGUUCAUGCACAGUACUGUCUUACUGCAUCUGGUUGAAAAUCAUUUUACAGGAUAGAUCAAGGCUUACGAUCUUCCUUUUUCAUCAUCCAGGACACACAUAUCAUCAUCUGCUAUCAAUAUUCAUUCAUUUGAAAGUGGUAGUCCAUGCAUCUCAGUGAUGACAAAUACGGUUUUAAAUGAACACUGUAUUGAAAUCUUUCUCAGAAGAAACUUAAGUUAGUCAUGAGCUUUCUUUUCACGACUUCUAGGACCCACAGGAAAACCAACUAGGUCCUUUGGUCAAAGUCUGCAGACAGACACAGGAAAAGCAGCAUAAGAACAUUUUCAUUUUUAUUUGCCAGAAGAAUACAAAAAAAGGAAUGAAAACAUUUUGGUUUAUAAUUGCAAGUACAACAUCAGUUUGUCAGAAAGGGAAUGUUUGUCAGACAAGGACUACUAACACCACUAAAAUUUCAUGCAAUCAACAAUAAAAGUGAAGAGGUUUUAUCAGGGAGUUGGUGAUAGCUUUGAAAGUAUUAUUGGUCUCCAACAACAAAGAUACCUGUUAACCUAUAAAAAGUCCACAGAGUUCUAUAUUUGGUGUCAUAAUCCACCAGUGAGGAGUCAGUCAAAAGUCUCCUCAGUAUAGUUGCUCUAAAGCUGACUGCAAGUAUAGUACAUUAUUUAUCUGAUGCAAUCAAAAACUUUGGAGAUAGGUUUAGCCAAAUUAGUAUCAGCUUGAAUCUCUGUGCAAAAACUGGUCACAGUGAAAUGUUCUUACAUUUGUUCUCAGAAAUUAGAUCCAAUAAAAUUAUCUAUGAUUUAAAGAACUCCACUGGAUGAAAUACUGAAGGACAAAGAAGCCUUUAACCUCUAUUAGUCUAUAUUAUAGCCAUGUAUCUUUACUUUUGUGAUAUCUCAGUCCUGAAGUGUUUGAUAUAGCAGAAAUACUUUUAUGGCCCUUGGAUAGAUCAUCUAUUGGUAUUUCUAUAUGUAAAUUGAUAAAUACAAUUUCAAUGCCAGCCAUUGCAUACCAUUUGCGUGCAUGGUUUAUGACAUCUGUGAAACGUGAGCAGUCUAGAAAUCUGCAUUUCAACAGUUUGUAUUAUUUCCAGUGGUUCCAGUUCUCGUUUAACCUCAUUUAGCCUCUUUCUCCUUUGCAUUCUGAUGCUUAUAAUCUGUGUCAUGGAUAUUUAGACAAGAAUUUUAUGGUUGGAUUCCUUUCUCUACCACAAGUCAGUUCAUACUCACACAUCAACUGCCAUUACAUUACUGUUGUAGCAUAAUAUGCACUGUUGCGUGGCAGAAUGCUUUGCUAUUAUGCAUUGUUUUCUGAUCAGUUAUAAUUUUUAGAUAGCAUAAAAUUUAUGAAGAGCUCCCUUUGUCAUCUACUAUUUUAGUUUGGAUUAAUUGCUCACUUCAGUCACAGCUUGCAGAGAAAGAUGCAGGUGUUUGACUUCUGAAGUUUGCUCUAUGUGAUAGGUGUUCCUCUAUGAUCAGAAGCUGUUUGAGGAAGGCAAUGUCUGCUCCUUGCCAGUCCCAUGGUUAGUAUUGUUAGCAGUUAAAGCAUGUGCAACUUGUUUUGUCAUUCUGUAGUCGACCAAGGUUUGAUAUGGAUAUAUACAAGAAAGGUACAUUGUUUUCCAAUCUUCAUACAGAUCCUUGUUUCUCCUUCUGAAAAACAUGCACCUUGCUUUCUCUCUAAGUGCUGUGUUCUUGUAUCUAUCAGAACCUGAUUUCUUCCUUAAUUCUGCUUGUUGGGUGUUGUUUUAGCAGUUGAUUCCAUUUUCCUUCUUGUUGACUUUCCUUCGUCUCUAUAAUUCCAACAGAAAUUGUUCUGGUUCCAAUAUGUUAGCUAGAAGCUACUAUGAUUGCGGCUCUGCCCACACAGUAAUUUGCUUAUUUAUUCUCCACUUCAGAGAAAGAGGAAAUCAACCUUUCAUGCAGAGACAAGGGUGUUCAUGCAGUUGAUAGGAUAUUUCUGAAUGUGGUUUUAUGCGUAACAUGACCACAAAACUCACACAUUGUUAAACAAAAACUCUUCAAGCUCUACUUCUUCAACUACCCAACAGUUGUUCAUUUAAUUUGCAAAGCCUGACAAAUAAGAAUAUGGAUGUGAUAAUUUCUCUGUGUGAAACACAUUUUUCAUUUUUAUUCCCUUUUCUCUGCAUAGCCCCAUCUUCAUUUCAUGCCCAUGUUCUGCUCAUUAGGAUGUGUGUUAGUAUCAAAAUAACUGGAGCAUUUAUUUGCUUUCUGCGACUAAAUUUCAUUUUACUAUUGUUAUUUUAUUUUAUUGGCUCACACAGCAUUCUAUACAGUAACCUUUUUAUAACUGACAUAUGUUAUUCUUUCAGGUAGCUUGUACUGACAAACACAAAGCUUGUUUGUGUGCAAUUGCAAGGCUGACUAAAUGGUGCUAAAGUGUAUUAUGACUGUCAGAUAUAAUCAGGCAAAAAUUUGUGGUGCUUAGACUGAUUUUUUCAUUGAUUUUAUUGAUCAAUGCAUUGAACAGUGUUUUAUUAUACACAAGUUGUCUCUUAUUAGUAAAUUAAGACCUCAUAGUGCAUUGUUAAACUAAAUGGGUUAAUUAAUCUAUGUAACAGCUCACCAAGCUAAUCUCUUUAACUCCUUAUACUGUUGUGUCAUUAAAGGUCAAGGGGUCAUGAUAAUAAUCUCAUCGCUGUAGACCAUUAACAUGACAACAUUUUCAACAAAGUACUUAUGUUUACAAUGCUAUAACCCUUUGACUGCUGCGGCAACCUUUAACCACAGAACGUCACAUGCUAGGAUCAUCAUUAUGAUUCUUGCCAUGGCAAUCAAAGAGUUAAGGGCUGUGCAGUGAUUUGUUUUAUAUUUAUUAAUUUAUAUUUAUUUUUUGUUUUCUUUUGAGAAGGGGGAUUGGGGUGGGGCAGUUCUUGUCUGCUGUAAGUGUCUUAACCAAGGGAAGGGUUAAAAUGGCUUUUUAUACUAUUGCAUCUUAUGUACUUACCAUCGUUUCAUUGUGUUGUAAUUAAAAAAAAAUCUGUCAAUAAACAAGAGAACAGAAAAAAAUUUUCAUAAA